GAACAGGCACUAUACAGUAAUCUAGUUUAACUGUUCAGGAGCUGGUCUAAUAUUUUCAGGCUGAUAUCUAAAACUUAUCAGUGGUAAUCAACUGAUCCAAAUAUCUCUUGAUAAGAUCUAAUCACUAGCAUCUUAUCCAAGAUCUGAUGUCAUAACCUGACUGAUAUUGUUGAAGAGUGGCGUAGUUAUGAAGUCACCCACUGCUUGAAUUUUUUCUCUGGCCCAUUGUUAAUCUUGCUUUUGUGCACACUUUUUAGGAGGUGCUUUUGUGCCCACUUUUUAGGAGGUGCUUUUGAACCAGAGGGUUGUGAUGGGUCAGUGAAGCGAAGACAGUUGUGUGUGAUGGAGGGAUCAGACACAUACUCUACCUGACACUGGCAAAACUUAAAGAAAGUCUGCUGUUGUUGCAGGAGAUGUUCACCACCCACAGUGCUGUGAGCCAGGUUAGAGCUGAGACCAUAAAAAAAUGUGUCCAAGAGGCGGAGGAGCUGUACUGGUCAGUGGGGGACCUGGCUGCUCAAUUUUCGCAUGACGGCCAUCAGGAGCAGGACCUGGGAUCACAGCUAUUGGGACAGAGCACCUGCCUCAAGCAACUACACAGCUACUUCAGUCAGCUGGAAGCAAGAAAGUGCUGUUUGCAGCUGGCAAGUCGUAGGUCAAAGUUCAACUCUAUGAGACUUGUUCUAUCUGGUGCCACACUGGAUGAUGGCAGCGCUAUGCAAGACAGGGCUGGGACACAUAUUUAUUUAGACAGCAAGAGUUUCCGGGCUUUCAAGCAUGCCUAUCUGUGUGCCAUAUACCCAGUCUUAUCUGCCCCAGAUCCCCCUCCCACCCCCUCCCCCAACCUGGGCAGCCCGGCUAGUCUGAUGAGGCUGGGCUCCAACUCCCAGGAAGACAGUGGGGUAGAGGAAUCUGACGAGGCCGGCCUGGUCCCCCUGGAGUCUCUGUGCCAACAGCUGCAGCGAGCUUUUGGCCUGAGCAAACAGGUGUUCCGCGAGUAUGAGAGUCACCUGGCAAAGAGCUUUGGCAACAAGUCAUCACAGCGGCUGCUGGUAGAGGAGCUGGCUGGUCAGCUGUCCAUACUGGAGUCCAACAGACACCCCUUCUACUCACCCCAGCACUUUCUGACCCCCAAUGGCUAUGACUUGUGGCAGAAGCAAGAGAGGGCGCAGAUCUCCAGUCUGCUGGGCAAGUUCUGGCAGCAUUCGCUCCCCUACCCAGCUGAGCACCUGACCUCUGACCUUGCCAGUGUACAUGAGGAUUAUCUCCUCCUGCUGACCCAGUUACUUCAAUAUGAGAGUGAGUUCCGCCUUGAUGAGGUGGUGAGGACGACCAAGUGGAGUCCUCUCUCAUCUGCUGCAUGUAGGCUGCUGCAGGAGUUUGCCAUCAGAUAUGGUCUCGGCGAGGUGUACUGUAAGGCUGCGCUGCUGCAGUGUCUGAGUGGGCAGUUCUCCCCCAGCCUGGGCUACAUGAACUACCUGCACAACCUGCUGCUCCUGGUCCAGCAGAUGUUGCCUGGCAACAAGGCCACCAUCAUAAUGGUCAAACAAGAGCUUCUGAUGUUAGAGUCCUCCCUGAAGGUUCUCAAAGUCCAGAUGUGUAAAGCCCUCCGCCAGAUGAAAUCUUUGUUUCCAGCCAAUAAACCACAGCAUGGGCUAUAUUGCCUGUUGUCUCUACUGGACACUGUCCUUCAACUUCUGACCUACUUCAACCCUGAGGGCAGCUCAGUGGAGACUCUAGCCUCGUGUGUUAGAUCUACAGUGCUGAGCAUAUUUAAACCCACAUAUGAAAUGCUGAAAACAGUGGCUAUAGAAGAACUGAAUCAGGGGAAGACCACUCAAGAAACGCUAGACCCUAGGCUUCUCAACGCACUGAUAGAAGACGUUAGAGAUGAAGUGGCAGACUAUGCCUGCCAUUUUGAAGUUUGUUUUGACAAGUUUUUUAGUGUCAGCCAAUCAGCUGCUUCAGAUUUUUACCAACUCCUCAUGUCUGACGUGAAAUGUUUAGCGGAAGAUGGACAAAAGUCUCAUGAAGAAAUAGAUUUGCGACUGCUGGGACUGGUCUACAGGUUGAACAAGCUGGAUGUAGACUGGAGGAAGUACAUCAGCCCACAGGAACAGGUCUGGCGUGGCUACUUGCUGCCCAUAUUGUUCCAAUGGGUCUCUGUGGUCAAGUCCAACAUGCUCAAGUUUGUUCUACAGGCGGUCACUGGAGAUUCUCAAAAAAGCCGCAAGUUUGAGAGUGCCCAGCCUGUGCUGAUUUACCAAGCACUCAGCACCCCCUCUGACCCGCGGACGUUCUCAGCCAUGUCCUUGUCCCCUUCAGUCAACAGCGCCUUCAGUAGCCUGGUCUCCUCCAGCAAAUCUUCACCCCCUCAGACCCCUGGCCUAGAAAUGCAGCAAGGCCCACAACUCUCAUAUCCUAAUGACCAAGGCCCACAACUCCCAUGUCCUAAUGACCAAGGCCCACAACUCCUAUGUCCUAAUGACCAAGGCCCACAACUCCCAUGUCCUAAUGAUCAAGGCCCACAACUCCCAUGUCCUAAUGACCAAGGCCCACAACUCCCAUGUCCUAAUGACCAAGGCCCACAACUCCCAUGUCCUAAUGACCAAGGCCCACAACUCCUAUGUCCUAAUGACCAAGGCCCACAACUCCCAUGUCCUAAUGACCAAGGCCCACAACUCCCAUGUCCUAAUGACCAAGGCCCACAACUCCCAUGUCCUAAUGACCAAGGCCCACAACUCCCAUGUCCUAAUGACCAAGGCCCACAACUCUCAAAUAAAAAAAGCAGCUUCAGGCCCCCCAUCCAGUCCACGUACUCCCUACCAGAGAACUUAAACUCUUCUGGUCGUCCAGCAAGUCCAGCAGCUGGAGGGUUGGACCCACCAAUGUCCUUCCACUCCUGUCAGCUGGCCAGAUCCAGGUCCACUGACAGCCAGGUCCCCACCUUCUAUCUGGACAGCAUAGAGGAUGAUGUCUUCCAGUUUCCUCCAGUGACCAAAGUCUCUCAGAGGUUUGGUGCUGCUACGCCAGACUUUUCCACGCCCGUCUUCUCCCAGCCACAAGGUCAAGGUCACAUACAACAGCUCUCUCAGCCUCAAGGUCACAGUUUUGUGCGUGCUGCAAGUCCUCAGAGCUUGUACUCCGCCUCCAGCAUGUCCACGCAUGUCCUUGACAUUGAUAACUCUCUGGAGAUGUCCAGGGAGUGGUGUGAAGGGCGGGCAGCUGUGCGGGCCAUCUUGCCUGUCUCAGGCUCAGCCGUGGACCUGCUGGUCAUGCUGCAGCGCCUGUGCGGGCUGGCGGCAAGUCUGACCUCAGCUGUCAUGACAGAUACCAGCCGGGUGCCCAGCACCCAGAGACAGAGCUCCAGCAACUCCACCCAACUCAGCUCCCUGGCCCCCACAGACCCGGUGUGUGCCACCGACCACACGUGUGGGGUAAGGAGAAAGCCCCACACCCAGAGAAGUGCAUCUUACUGCGAGCUGAACCACCAGACUCUAGACCCAGGCGGCCUGUAUCUGUGUGACAAACUCAACCUACAUCUGAUGGUCCUCAGGAUAAUGAGCAGUAUGAUCUCAGCCUACAUCAGCAACAUGCUGUGCAUGGAUCUUUGUGGGACACCUAGACAGCUGUCUCAAAGACUUAUUGGGCAAAAGCUGCUGGAGUGUACAGAAAGUCAGCGUGACCUCGUGUGGGGCUGCAGACACCAGGCAGAGGCCGACUACGACUGCCUGUACUACUACCAGCGCCGCAGUCUCCUGCUGUCUGAGCGCCACGAGCCUGUGACGCAGCACAUGUGUGUGCGCAUCAACAACGUCCUCCUCUGUCUCCAUAUGCUGGAUGAGUACGAGAACAAGCUGAAGGACAACAUGAACUUAGAGGAAAGUCAGCUGCCCACACAGUCUGACUCAUAUGCAGAAGAAAGCUGUGAAUCUUGUGUGACUGAGGUGACGCCCUCUAGUUGGUAUCUGGAGACCAAACAAAUCCUUCAAACAAACCACCAGCAUGUCAUGUCAGUUCUCACUGGCAUGUGUCGUCUCAUGGCAUACAAGCUAAACCUGUUUAUAAAAGACUACCUUCCUCUGUUGCUUGAGUCUAAAGAAGAGCAAAGUCCCAUAGCAACCUGUCUGUUGCCAUUGGCAACCAUGUUACAGAAACACCUCGAUGCCUUGAGCACCUGGCUGUAUCAGGAGAGUUUCAGACGAGUUCUAGAAAACCUUUGGAAGUUCAUUGUUGAGGACAUGAAACAGCUUACAGACAGCCUCUGGAGAUAUGGUACAAGCUCGCCCUUACAUGCACAGAACUUGAUGCUUGCUCUCAGCCACCUGAUGAGGUUCAUGAACAACAAUGGAAAGGGAAUUAAAAAAGACUUGCUGCAAAAUGAAGCUAGUGAGGUGAUGAUCAGGCUGCAACUCUACACUCUCUCAACUGUGCACCUUGUGGCCCUGUACAGCAAGCUGAAGGAACUGUCUUCAGACACUGGAGAGGAAAGCAGGAACCCACCAGCCAUCAUCCACCGAAUUUUCAAGGAGCUUCAGUCACUGCGCAAAUGUUUUAGUGGGGCUGAGUUGGUUCGCUGGAUCCUCAAACACAAGGACAACCUGCCCGCAGAUGUCAGCCUGCCACCCGGGCCAGUCACCAGAGAAAGUGCUGUGAGCUUGGCCCAAACUUUGCUGGAGCAGCACUACAUCACUGAGCUCUCUACACAAUCUCCUUCGACCAGCACGUCCCCCAUCUCCUUCUCCCUGCCUGACGUGGUGUACCCUCAGCUGAGCGUGGACAGCUCGGCACCCUCAGGUCACACAAGCAUGUGGUGCCAUUACAGCAGCUCCAGUACUGCCAGUAACAGCCAAACUUCUGCUACACCAACACCAUCGCUGGCGGAGACUCCCACUUGUGAAGCUGAGCAGGGGACAGAAGCUGAGCAGGGGACAGAAGCUGAGCAGGGGACAGAAGCUGAGCAGGGGACAGAAGCUGAGCAGGGGACAGAACCAGCAGCCACUGGGCUGGAGUACCUGAUGGACUAUGAGCAGGUUCUCAAACCGUUUGGGUCACUGAGUGAGUUGGGGAGCACAAAGUUCCAGGCCAGCUGCAGGAGCCUGUACCUGAUACGUCCCAGCGUCUUCCUCCCCAGCCCCUCGCACCUGGCAGCCCCAACACUAGACAGGAAAAUCUGGAAGCUGAAAGAAUCCUCCGAGACCUUGGCACUAGCUGAACAUUGCUUCAGCCAGAAGGUCUCCCUCAUGACCAUCCUAGCUGUUGUAGCUGCCCGCAGGAAGGUCGACCCGCUGGCUCGCACUUUUCUCAGACAGCUGCCAGCUUACAUGCAAGACCCAACAUUGGCUUGAUGUAACAAGACUUGAUUACACAUUGGCUUGAUGUAACAAGACUUGAUUACACAUUGGCUUGAUGUAACAAGACUUGAUUACACAUUGGGUUAAUGUAACAAGACUUGAUUACACAUUGGCUUGAUGUAACAAGACUUGAUUACACAUGGGGUUGGUGUAACAAGACUUGAUGUAGGUUUGUUGAAUUGUUUAGUUAUUGAAACAAAGCUUGUUGUAAUGUAGGUUUGUUGAAUUGUUUAGUUAUUGAAACAAAGUUUGUUGUAAUGUAGGUUUGUUGAAUUGUUUAGUUAUUGAAACAAACUUUGUUGUAAUGUAGGUUUGUUGAAUUGUUUAAUUAUUGAAACAAAGCUUGUUGUGAUGUAGGUUUGUUGAAUUGUUUAGUUAUUGAAACAAAGUUUGUUGUAAUGUAGGUUUGUUGAAUUGUUUAGUUAUUGAAACAAACUUUGUUGAAUUGUUUAGUUAUUGAAAUAUAGUUUGUUGAUGUAGAUUUGUUGAAUAUGUAAUGUAUCAAUCAUCAAUUGCAAUCUCUCAGAACAAAUCUAUACCUUCAACUUUUGACAAGUUUGCUAGCUUUUGACAUUUUGACAAGUUUGCAAACUUUUGACAUUUUGACAAGUAUGCUAACUUUUGACAUUUUAAGAAGUUUGCUUACUUUUGACAUUUUGACCAACUAUAAGUCUUUCAGUCUGCUGUAGAAAUUGGUCACAUUAUUGUUUAUUCUAAUGUUCAUUUGAUUCUUUAUAAAUAUGCUACAUGAUCAGAUAACUAUUUACAAUUGCUGUUAAUUUGCAGUGAUACAUUGAGGAGCAGUGAGUUCCUAAAUUAAACAUUUUUACUCUACACUACAUAGCAGGAGUCAUUAAUUAUUGAAACACUAUUCUAGUUUCUAGAAACUCCCAACAUCUUGUCAAACUGUAUUAGGUGUCCCAAUCAACUGUAGAAAAGUGAAUGCAUUAGGUGUGCUCAAGAGCAAACUAAAAGAACAGUGGCGAGAGUCGGAAAUCAAUAUAAAACUUUUAUAAAUCCCACCAAAGUGGUUGUAAAAUAUACUUCUUUUUACAAGC